GCAUCGAGGAUAGCACCCGGCACGGCACCGGAGUACCGGACAGAGCUAGCUCGUCCGCAACGCUGUGUUCGUCUGGCAGCGAACCCAGGGGCAACAGGGUGCACACCGAGGAUCACAACCCGCGUGCUAUAACGUCUGAUUACCAGGCUCACCUGCGACCAAUCCGCUUGAUCCCCCACGUCCCAGUGUUCAUCCUAGCGGUGGGACCGAUCGUCAGCCCGCAGGAUCGAUCAGCAGAGAAACCAACCGGCACAGCGCGGCAACUUACCGGCGGAUCCGGAACAGCCACUCGAACCUUUCCCGCGCUCCGACUCGGUUUACCCCUGUUAACCGAGGCCCAUCGAAGCUCGUCUUUCGCGAGGAAAGGUCUCCGCCAAAGGAACGUACAAAUGAUGAAAGGAAGGCAUCAAUUUCGACGACGUUUCAGUCUACAGCCGUCAUCGUUCAAGGAGGGCCAGGAGGAUGGGCCAACGAAACAUGUUAGGAACGAGAGGCUGUCGGAAUCGGACAGCGGCGGCGGAAAACAGGAGAGCAACAUAAGGCACAAGAUCGUGGUGAUGGGGGCCGCGAAGGUCGGCAAGUCGGCGAUCAUCAAUCAGUUCCUUUACAACACGUUCUCGCCGAAGUACAAGCGAACGGUGGAGGAGAUGCAUCACGGAGACUUCAAUGUUUCUGGGGUGCACCUGACCCUGGACAUCCUGGACACGUCCGGCUCGUACGAGUUUCCGGCGAUGAGAGACCUGUCCAUCAAGUCAGCGGAUGCUUUUAUCCUCGUCUACGACGUGAACGACGCGAACACGUUCCUUGAGGUGGAGACGCUCAAGGCGCAGAUCUAUAGCACGAAGGGAGCGGUGCCGAUCGUCGUCGUCGGCAACAAAGUUGAUCUUGUCGAGUCGAAAGAAGAGGUGGACAUAGAGAGUACAAGGGAGCUGGUCACGCUGAAAUGGGAGAACGGUUUCGUGGAGGUAUCCGCGAAGGAAAACGUGAACAUCUCGCAAGUAUUCAAGGAGUUGCUGAUCCAGGCGAAGCUAAAGUACAACCUGAGCCCGGCGUUACGGCGACGACGCCGUCAAUCGUUGCCGCCGCCGCAGCAUUUAAAUUCCCGCAGCAGCAGUGCUCACGUGCCGUCGCCGGCGCAGCUGCAACAUCUGCAGCAGAUCCGCGAGCGGUCCGAGUCCAAGAGGAAUUCCUGCAUUCUCUCGUAAGGGGAUUUCGGCCGUGAGCGUUCCGUUUGCUCCCCGCCGCGGGACGAACGCGAGACGUCGGAGUUAGGACUAGGAGUGGCUAGGGGUGUAGGGUGAGCGGAAGAAAACUAUGCUCGGGCGUCGAUUCGAACACGACCAGAGUGAUUCCAUUCGCUCGGAUCGAUCGACAUUUCCCCAUUCACCGUUCCCAUCGAGAGUGUGCAUGCGAUCGAUCCUUGAAUGACCCCGCGGAGGAAUUAGACGAACAGAGGAGCGAUGCCCGCGGGGCGGAAAGACAGACUUUCCCCGAAGAAAAUGCCGGUAAUCCCUUCUUCCUUCGAAUAUCGAGAAACGAACCUCAAGCGUUUCGAACGUGGGGUAUAUAGGGAACCUCCAGCGAUUCCAAUUUCUCAGUAAACUUUUACUCCAGGGGAACGGUCUCUAUUCGAUCCCGAAGAACUUUGAAAAAUUUGAACGAUUAGGGGGAAAGUUCGUGGCGUGCACGCCGGGAAAGUAUUCAUCCGGCAAGGAAUAGCCGUGGGGGAACGGUCCGCGAGGACCAACUUUCACGAUAACCGAACGAUCGAAGAUAAAUGUUCGCUGUUCGAUAAAAUUCGAUGUAUUUAGCGCAAGUCUACGUACUCAGUGUACCUUCUAUUUUGCCCUCGAUUGUUAGGUAUCCUCUAUCGAAAUUCGUCGAUAUUCGAGCAGUUACGUAACCCGAUUGGAGAGACAAUCGUGGGAAGAUUAAGUUGAUCAUAACUGAUCUUCUCAUUGUGAAAUUCUUUUUCCUUUCCACCAUCCCCAGAAUCGAUUUCAAGUCUUCUCGCGAAGAUCUACGUUGUUCGUUUAGAGCCGCGAGCGUUUGAUUCGCGAAAUUUGCCCCGGAUUUUAACGUAAUUAUUCCGAAUUAUGACACCGUAUAGUAUCCAGUCUUUACGGAUUUAUCGAAGUAUCCUAUAUUAAUAUCCAAUUUCAGGGUUUCUCUCCCACUGCCCAGUUCGCUGUCUUAUUACCGGACCGCGGGUAUUUAUACGAAUUCAUCGAUGAAUACUUUAUAGAAUGGAAGAUUAGACCAUGUUUCGGUUCUCAUAUUUGAAUUUUUAUUGUGUUCUUGAUAACAUAUACACUGUACGUUCGGCAACGGGUUGUAGAAAGUUUAGAGGAUGAUUCUCUAUGAAAGUAUAAAACAAAAAGAAAAAGUAAAAUAAUUUCGGGUUCAGCUUCCUUUCCGAGUCAUUAAUAAUUAUAAGCAAGAAUAUCACGCAAACCAGGUGCCCCAUGCAGUACGUCAAUGUCUGCGCUUGCACUGUCCUAUCCCAUGGGCGUCGUUGUUACGCUAGGCCAUGGCUCGGAGAUCAUUAAUAAUUUAAUUAUUAAUCUCUAAUAAUACGAAAACGAAGCCGAAAUUGUAAUUUUUUCAUUCUUGAUUUUCGUCUUGUGUUGUCAUGAAGAAUCAUCUCUUAAAUUUUCUCUCGUCUGUUGAGCGAAUACCUUAUGUAUAAUGUUACAGUAAUAUUUCAUUUGAAUGAGUUCUUCAGAUUAAUAUGCAUAAAGAUCCGCGGUCUAUUUAUUACGUAUUAUGAAGCAACCGGCGCAACGUCCACGAAGCACAUUUUACAAAAUAUUAUUGACCAGUCGAUUGAAUUUUCAACCGUCAGCGCUGUCCUCUACACCGCGUCGCGUGAUUUAUUUAAAAGAGUAAUCUCGGCCACUUCGGUUCGACGUUUACCAUUUUUAAGCGCAUCGCACCGAGCAAUUCGAAAUUCGUUAAAGAUAAACAUAAUCUAUCGCCGAUGAAUCAGUGGCACUCUCCAUCUGUCUCCCUCUAUCAAUCUUCUUUACAUGGAAUAUCGAAUUAUUUGUCAAUUAUGGUAUACGUAAAAAUUAUUGUACACAAUUGCCUUGCCCGAGCCUGAGUUUUACUUGUAAGUACAAUAAAGUUUCAGGCGGGAACGCCUGCGAACAUCAGGUACAAACUCUGUUCGAUCGCGGAUUAGCUUUUUAAAAUAUAGCGUCGUAAUGCAAUAUGCGCUGCACACGCUAAAUAAAAUAAAAAAGACAAACACCACAUAGCGUCUACUUUUGAACGUUUCCGUCGAAGACCAGGGAGAAAACUGUCUCUACGAGUGAACUUCGAUGAACCAUGGUGCAACGAUCAUUGAUUUUAAGAUUUAGACGCGAGCAAUUUUCUUACUUUUUCCGUUCUGUCGGACGACAUUGUAAUUAUAUCGUUUUGAAGGAGUAUCAUCUUUGUAUUACGAUAUACAUAUUAUACAUACAUAAAUAAAUAUAUAUAUACUUCGUUAUAAAUAUAAAUAUAGAUAUAAAACUUCGUUAGCGUACAUAUAGAGAGUCUAUGUAAAUAAAACAAAAUAUUGUGAUGUGGAUAUCUCGUCGAAUCAAAGCCCACAUUGGGCUAUAAUUUUACAUAAAUAGACAAGAUUAAACGGGCGCGGGCGGUUCGUCCGUGAUCUAAUACGUUUAAUGAAUCAUGAAAUAUCGCGCAUCACGAUAAAAGACAUAAAGUCUAUUUGAAUGUGAACCGCGUACGAGUCAAAUCGCUUUCCAGAGACAUCUAUGUAAAGCGUAACUUUUGCUGAGAAACAUCUAUUUACCUGAACUUGCAACCCCAAUUAAUUCAUGUUACCUAGAUUUAAUGUUGUCUAGUUCGAAAAAGAUGAUGAUUAAAAAUAUGAACGACUUAACGAGCGAAUAGUCGAAGGUCAUGGAUCCGAUGGUUUCCCGCGACACGACUGUGACUAUUUCUAGCGUAGUUCUGGACGAAAUAAUGUGGUAACAGAACAUUAGUAGCAAAUAAGCUCUUAACUUUGUAUCAUUGCGUUAUCGGGAAUUAAAUAA